UUUGAUUUUUUUUUCAUAUUUCCUUUUGGAAUUAUCGACCUUUUAAUAUAACUGAAUAUUAGGGACAAAGAAUAAAAUAAAAUAAAAAACAGAAACUAUAAUAAAUACAAAUUUCUUUCUCAAAUAAGUGUGGUGCGGAUGGAUACAUUUCGCGGAUAGACGAGCAUGCGAGGACAAUCAAGUUUUGGUGGAAUCAAACAAGUGAAUUAUUUUGAGACAUUAUGUCUGGACGUGCAAGAGCCAGAUCCCGGGGAAGAGCUCGCGGCCAGGAGACUGGAGCUCCAGGCGCGCAACCACCUGUGCCCAAGGAGGCAGCUGGACAUGUGACUCCAGCGUCCACUGAGGGAGAGCUUGUAGGGAGGGGAAGACAGAGAACAGCCCCGGGAGCCGUGUCCUCAGAAGCCGUUCUCCAGAUUUCCGCAGGAUUCCAGCAAGUGAAACUCGGAGAGAGAGGAGGACGCAGACGGGAUUUCCACGAUACUGGAGUCAACACACGGCAACUGAUGGAACAUGUCAAGGAGUCCAAGACGGGGUUGUCUGGCUCACCCAUUGAGCUCAGGGCGAACUUUUUACGCCUGCUGUCUCGGCCCGAGUGGGUUCUGUUUCAGUACCACGUGAACUUUAAUCCGCCUGUGGAAUCUCGUCGCAUGCGCUUUGCGCUGCUUAAUAAUCAUGGAGACAUCCUGGGCAAAGAAAAGACCUUCGAUGGAGCCAUCCUCUUCCUGCCUCACCGUCUUGAUAACAAUGAGACAGUGUUGUGGACUGAGAGCCAUUCUAAAGAGAAGAUCCAAAUCACAAUCACGCUGACCAAUGAGCUGCCCCCAUCUUCUCCCGUGUGCAUGCAGUUUUACAACAUUAUCUUCAGGAGGAUUUUGAAGAUUCUAAACAUGCAGCAAAUCGGCCGUCAUUACUACUACCCUGAAGACCCUUUGAACAUCCCUCAGCACAGGUUGACCAUUUGGCCCGGCUUUGUGACCAACAUUCUGCAGUACGAGGCCAAUAUCAUGCUGUGUCUUGAUGUGAGUCACAAGGUUUUGCGCAGCGAGACUGUUCUCGACUUCAUGACUAGCCUGAGACAGCAGUGUGGAGCUCAGCACUUCGUUGACAUCUGCACUAAGGAGCUGGUUGGAGUCGUCGUUCUCACCAAGUAUAACAACAAGACCUACAAGAUCGAUGACAUCGCUUGGGACCACACCCCUAAAAACACCUUUAAGAGAGGAGACACUGAUAUAAGUUUCAAAGACUACUAUGUUCAGCAAUACAGUCUGAAGAUCACUGACGAGAAUCAGGUUCUGCUGGUCAGUCAUGUUAGAAGGAGGGGCCCUUCAGGAGCUCCUCCACCAGGACCUGCCUUACUUGUCCCAGAGUUCUGCUACCUUACAGGCUUGACUGCUAAGAUGCGCAGCGACUUUAACAUCAUGAGAGAUCUUUCAACUCACACCAGACUGACCCCAGAACAGAGGGAGAGCCGCCUCAACAGAUUCAUCAACAACAUGACCAAAAAUCCCAGUGCUCAGGCUGCACUCAGCACAUGGGGUCUAAACUUUGAGAGCAAGUUGCUUUCUAUGACCGGAAGAGUUCUUCCUGCCGAACGGAUCCUACAGGGGCAGAGAGCAUACGAAUACAACCCCUGGGUCGCGGAUUGGUCAAAAGAAAUGCGCGGUCUUCCUCUGAUUAGCAGCAUGGCUCUCGAGAACUGGCUGAUGUUCUUUACACGUCGCAACGCUGACGCCGCACACUCACUGCUGCAGACCCUUAACAAAGUGUCGGGACCCAUGGGCAUCCGCAUCCAGAGGGCGGGAAUGAUCGAGUACGAAGAUCGACCCGAGGCUCUGCUGCGAGCUCUGCAGCAGAAUGUAGGGCAACAGAUUCAGAUGGUGGUUGUGAUCUUGCCCACCAACCGUAAGGAUAAAUAUGAUUGCGUUAAGAAGUACCUGUGUGUGGACUGUCCCACUCCAAGUCAGUGUGUGUUGGCACGCACUCUCAGCAGACCUCAGGCCCUUAUGACUAUAGCCACAAAGAUCGCACUGCAGAUAAACUGCAAGAUGGGAGGAGAGCUGUGGAGCAUCGAGAUCCCGUUGAAGCACCUGAUGAUUGUGGGUAUCGACUGCUACCAUGACACUUCUGCAGGCAGGAGAUCCAUCGGUGCACUGGUGGCCAGUCUCAACCAUGGCAUGUCCAGGUGGUUUUCAAAGUGUGUCCUGCAGAGUCGUGGACAAGAGAUCAUCGAUGGUCUUAAAGUGGCUUUGCAGGCUGCACUAAAGGCCUACCUGAGAUACAACAAAACUUUGCCCUCUCGCAUCAUCGUGUACCGAGACGGCGUGGGUGAUGGCAUGCUGCAGAGCGUAGUCAGUUACGAAGUGCCUCAGAUCAUGCAGUCCAUCCAAGCCAUGGGCAGCGGUUAUGCGCCCAAACUGACUGUGGUGGUGGUGAAGAAACGCAUUGCUUCCAGGUUCUUCGCUCUCCUCGACGCCAAACUGGGCAACCCUCCUCCUGGGACGGUGAUCGAUACCGAAGUCACUCGACCCGAGUGGUACGACUUCUUCAUUGUGAGUCAGGCAGUACGCCUGGGAACCGUCUCCCCCACCCAUUACAAUGUGGUGUAUGACAGCAGUGGCCUCAAACCAGACCACAUGCAGAGACUCACCUAUAAACUCUGCCAUAUGUAUUACAACUGGCAGGGGAUCGUGCGAGUUCCUGCGCCGUGUCAGUACGCCCAUAAACUGGCCUUCCUUGUCGGGCAGAGCAUCCACAAGGAGCCCAACAUCAACCUGGAUCACUUGCUCUACUAUCUGUAAAAUAACGAGUCAACGCCUGCCAUUUACUCAGCAACUUGUUGUGUUUCUAGUUUACGUUUUGGGAUGUUUCAUUGAUUAAACAUGACCUUUUUUUUUAUUUAUUUUUUUUUUUGGAAAGUUAUAAAUUGAGAAAUUUGUUGUUAAAUGCGAAUGCAGUAAUUGGUCAUGCUUUUAAUUUAAAAGUUCAGGUUUAGUUAUUUGUCCCAUUAGUUUUGUGCUGUGGUGAAAAGUUCAAUUUUGGCAGGGAUGGUGAACAGUUAAAAGAACAAUUUUUUUUUUGUUUAAAUAUCAAAUGUUUUGCAUUCCAUUAAAAAAAAAAAAAUCUAGGAUUAAAUGUAAGAUUAUUUGAAUAAAUCUCAACGUUAGUUUCUUUUGAUAUUUUGGUUCGAAUAAAAGCCGAACUUGUGCUACACAAA